AUGGGCUUCAUAUCCUCAAUAAGCCAAUCGAUACGCAAUAAUAAACUCUCCCGCAAACUGUCCACCUCGAAACCAAACAGACCCCGCUACGAAGACUCCAAAGAUCUUAUCAAGAUCCCCUCAAAUGCAGCCUCUCUUACGAGGGCAGAUAGCAUUGCGUCUACAAUCCGUCACUCAAACCAAGACCCUGUCAUGCCUACUGAGUCCCCAACGCAUCGGAGACGCCUUACACCCGCCGACUUGAAUUUGCAGAGUUUAUUUGACAAUGCAGAGGCGUUGGAUCCAGCUACGAGGCGUACUGUUAGAGCACUGUCUAUGCCCGAGUACCCAGUCCUGAAAAUGGAGACUGUGCAAUCACCAUUCGAUACGCCACCGAAGAAGUUACAGGAUCCUAUUGAUACAGAUGGAAAGUGGAGUGGAAAGAAGAAUGUCCGACAUACUACCAGGAGAGUGAAGAAUGAGGAUGGAAAGUCAGAGACCGAUGGAGUUUUUAAGAAUCCAAAUCGGAACUCUGGUUCAAAGAUCAAGAGGUCAAUGACGGGGUUGUUGAAGAAGAGUACUUCGUUGAAGAUGCCGAGAACUUCGUCAAAGAUGAGGCGUGCCUCUACUAAUCCGAGGUGGUUGAAUUCAACAAGUGUUACAGAUGACUACUUUUUUGAUGAGAAGGCGGAACUGAAGUGGCUGGAACUUAAUGGCUUGAGUAGCCGGGAUACGGAAUUUGGCAUUUGGAAUGAGAAUGGGUUUGGGCGGCCGUGGUGA